CAACUUUUAUGGUUUUGCAGAGAAUGCUCUUAUAGAAAUAGCGGAGCAGUUGGGUAAAAAGGACUGGGAUUUUGAUUUGAAUCCUUGUAAUGGCAACACAAAUUGGACUACACCAAAAAUUGACAAUACAUGACGUAUGUCAACAAUGUAACCUGUAAUUGCUCUACCCCUGAUGGUUUCUGUCAUGUACAAAUCAUAUUACUCAAAGGACAAGAUCUUGCAGGUGUUCUCCCUCCCUCCCUGAUCAAGUUACCUUAUCUCACGAAAAUUGAUGUCUCGCGCAACUAUUUGAGUGGUACUAUUCCCCCUGAAUGGGCAUCUAUCAAACUGGAAUAUAUGUCUGUUAUGGUGAAUCGACUCUCUGGGCCGAUUCCUAAAUACUUGGGAAACAUGACUACACUACUUUAUAUGAGUUUGGAAAAUAACAUGUUUGAUGGAACUAUUCCAAAAGAACUCGGAAACAUGGUUAAUCUGCAGACCCUCAUUCUCAGUUAUAAUAAUCUCACAGGUAAGUUGCCCGAGGAAGUCAAUAAACUCAUAAAAUUAACAGAACUUAGGCUGAGCGGUAACAACUUCACUGGAAUAUUUCCAAGCUUUGAGAGUUUGAAAAACCUUACGGCAUUAGAGAUUCUAGCUUCGGGUUUUGAAGGACCUGUACCACCAAGCAUUUCUGUCUUGACUGAAAUGAAGGAAUUAAGAAUUAGUGACUUGACUGGAAGUGCGUCAAAAUUUCCGCCACUAGAGAACAUGACAGGCCUAACUAAAUUGAUGUUGAGGAGCUGCAAUUUAUCAGGGAAGAUUCCUUCUUACAUAGCUAAUAUGCCUCAAUUGAAAAUUCUAGAUCUAAGCUUCAACAGGCUUGAAGGAGCGAUCCCGGAUCUGGAGCGCCUGGACAAACUGAAGACCUUGUACCUGACAAGCAAUAGACUUACUGGACCAAUUCAGGAUUGGAUCGAAAAUAGAAAUUCCGAAUAUUUCAUAGAUCUAUCUUACAACAACUUCAACGAAAGCUCUGUGCCAACUACUUGUUGGGAAACCCUAAACUUGUUCAAAAGCUAUAACUCAACAAAAAAGUCAGAACUUGGGAAAUGCUUGUUAAGUAAUACUUGUUCAAAGAAUUGGUAUUCAGUGCACAUAAAUUGUGGUGGAGAGAGUGUGACAAUAGGGGACACGACUUACGAAGCAGAUGAAAAUUCCACAGGUGCUGCAAAGUUUGUUUACUGGAAAGAGAGCUGGGGAUCCAGCAACACCGGGGACUUCUGGUAUGUUCCCAUAACAUCGAACGAGUACAAGGCAGCUAACGCAUCUUCCAUUAAGGGACGCAAUUCUGAACUAUACACGACAGCUCGGCUCUCAGCUUUAUCUCUAACUUACUAUGGACGUUGUUUAGCAAAUGGAAACUACACUGUGACACUGCACUUUGCAGAGAUUGUUAUAAGAGAUAACCGAUCUUUCCAGAGUCUCGGAAAACGGAUGUUUGAUGUCUAUAUUCAGGGUGAGAGGGAGCUCAAAGAUUUCGACAUUACAACUGCUGCUGGAGGCGUUGAUAAAGCUUUGACAAGAAAGUUCAAUGCAGUUGUAGAAGAUGGCAUUCUAGAAGUGCGCUUUCAGUAUGCUGGGAAAGGAACAACAGCUGUCCCCAGAAAAGGAAGCUAUGGCCCUUUAAUUUCUGCCAUCUCUUUUGAAGCUAAUUCCAAGCCCUCUUCAAAUCACAAAAAGAUGGUUUACAUCAUUGCUGGAGCAGUGGCGUCCUCAUUAGUUCUCCUUUUUACAAUAUUCUUUGUUGCUUGGAGGAGAAGCAGAAACAGGAUAUCAAAGGAAGAAGAAUUAAGAGGACUGGAUCUACUGACUGGUGUAUUUACCAUCAGACAAAUCAAAGCUGCGACAAACAACUUUGAUGCUGCAAAUAAAAUUGGGGAAGGUGGUUUUGGCUCCGUCUACAAGGGUACACUACUGGAUGGUACAGUCAUUGCUGUUAAGCAGCUUUCAUCCAAAUCAAAACAAGGGAACCGCGAGUUUGUGAAUGAGAUAGGUAUGAUCUCUAGUUUACACCACCCAAAUCUUGUCAAACUAUAUGGAUGUUGUGCUGAGGGAAAUCAACUUCUAUUGGUGUAUGAGUACUUGGAGAACAAUAGCCUCGCCCGUGCUUUAUUUGGUCCAGAAGAACAUCAUCUCCAAAUAGACUGGCCAACAAGGCAAAAAAUCUGCAUUGGGAUAGCAAAAGGCUUAGCUUUUCUACACGAGGAAUCGUCAUUAAAAAUUGUUCAUAGGGACAUCAAAGCAACAAAUGUACUUCUUGACAAGGAACUAAACCCAAAGAUCUCUGACUUUGGUCUGGCCAAACUUGACGAUGAGGAUAAAACACAUAUCAGCACUAGAAUUGCUGGAACCAUAGGAUAUAUGGCACCUGAAUAUGCACUAUGGGGCUACUUAACCUACAAAGCAGAUGUCUACAGCUUUGGAGUUGUUGCAUUAGAGAUUGUUGCUGGGAAGAACAAUAUGAAAUAUCGCCCCAAUGAGAAAUUUGUUUGCCUUCUAGAUUGGGCCCUUGUUCUAAAAAGGGAAGGAAAACUGAUGGAACUAGUAGAUGAAACAUUGAGUUCAGAUUUCAAGAAGGAUGAGGCUCUAAGGAUGAUAAACGUAGCUCUGCUAUGUACCAAUACAUCUCCAGCACUUAGACCAACCAUGUCUGCAGUAGUCAGCAUUCUUGAAGAUCAUCUUGACCUUCCUGAGUUUAGCUUGGAAUCAAGAUCCCAUGAUGAUGAUGAGGAACUCAAGUUUCAAGGGUUAAGAGACAAGUAUGACGAGAUGCGGAGCUUGAGCGAAAGUUAAGCACUUACUCAUUCAUCCAACACUAUAAGAAGAGAGUGCUCUUCCACUACAUCUGAAUCGGGUUAAAUAAAUUCACAGUCAGAUCAAUAUUGUGAAACAAAGAGUAACAUAUUAUUUUAGGACUAUAUAUGUGAUGUGAGGUAAAAAGUUUCUUUGAACUGAUAGAAAGUGUUCAAAAUACGUGAAUAGCCUAUAUAGAUACUACUUUGGAGGAGACGCUAUUCCAAGCAAAUGGUAAACCUCUACUACUAAUACUAAUGUCUGGAAAACAUC